GCUACAGGCCACAACCCAGGCGGCUCUCAGCUCAGUCAUGGGCACUGACACUGUAAUGUGGAUGUCCAAUGACAAGACUUGACUGUUGCUUCUGGUCAGCAGAGGUCUCUGCCUUAAGGAGAAGCACCACUGCAGAGCAUGUGGGAGAAUAGUUGUAUGACUGUACUAAGAGGCGCAUGGCUCUCAGUCACCUGGGCUACUCCACCGUGUUUCGAGUGUGUGAUGAGUGCUACAGUAAACUCCAUGGAGCACAGAACACCAAAGACACUGAUGAUGGGUUUAUACUCGUAAGCCAAUCUUCACAAUAGUCAUCGACAGUUAGACUUUACUUUGUAUCAUACCAUAAUAUUUUAUUUAUGUGUUUGUGCCAUGUGGAGCUACAUGGAAGAGUUGGUGAUAUCAUGGGAGUUGUGACUCUAUGUAUUGGC